GUGCGAAAUUCCCGCUUCAAACCCUAAAUCCCUGCAAAUAUCGAAACCAAAAAAGGUUAAUUUAAAACCCCAUUUUCUUUUACUCAAAUUUGCCUUUUUCCCGGGGUUCAAAUAUCCAGUAGCCAAAACGGGUCUGCCAUUGUGGAUGUUGGGUUUAGAUGCCGACCGUUUGCGAGCCGACCUGAACCGUUUGCUCGCUUUCCUCUUUCACCAGGGGAUAUUAGACGAGCAAUACCUACAACUUCAACAGCUUCAAGAUGAAAGCUCACCUAACUUCGUAUCAGAAGUUGUCAACAUCUAUUUCCAUGAAUCCGAGAAGCUCUUGAGGAACCUCAGAUCUUUACUGAUGGAUAGAGAGUUCUCGGAUUACGACAAAAUGGGAAUCCAUUUGAAUCAGUUCAUAGGAAGCAGCUCAAGCAUAGGUGCUAAAAGGGUUAGAAAUGUUUGUGUCGCCUUCCGUGCCGCUUCCGAUCAGAACAAUCGUGCUGGGUGCUUGAGAGCUUUAGAGCUCUUAGAACAUGAGUAUUGUAUCCUCAAGAAUAAAUUGCAUGAGCUUUUCCAGAUAGAGCAGCAAAGGCUACUAGCAGCUGGAGUUAGAUACCCAAUGCUUAACUAA